AUGGAGUUUUUUCCACUUAACGAUAACUCAAAUCGAAGUUUAUGCGAUUUUCUUAUGUCUGGUGUCAAAGACAGUAAAUGGACGCAAGUAUUUGUUUUUCCACUGUCUUUGCCAAACAUCACGCAAGGCAAUCGUAAACAUGGGGAUCGUUGGAUAUUUGUGGAUUCAAAGACCUCAGGCGAUUUGCGUGUGUACCUAAAUGGUCUUUCAUUUUCUCGAAACACAGGUAAUAACCUGUUUGCUUGGGGCAACAUUUUUUGCUACAGUCCGAAUGCAGGAGAAGAUUUUUUAUGGUUGCUGGAUUGCUGUGGUCAGAAAUCUAAUAUAACAAUGUUCACGUCUGCUGAAGAUGGAUCGUAUUCGUUUCUUAAUGACUUGCAACAGAUAUGGUGGGGUCACACUGACUUUGCAUUUCUUCAUUACCUGGAAACAGCAAACAAAUGGAACGUUGGUUUGAUGACUGUUGGAAACAUCUGCAAGGGAUCUCACAAGAUUCUUUCGAUGUUCUUCGAUUCCUUCGGCAAACUGUGGAAAGUGGUGAAAUGUGAUAAUCAGACAUCAAAGUUUCCUUGCAUCUUAAAACGUAAGGUCGCCAUCCUAGACAUCCUAUCGCACUCUCAUCUUAUAAAAGAACAGACAUCGUUAGAUCAUGACAUCCACGAAAUAUCUACCAUUCUGGAGCAUGGUGUCGAAUCUCUAUCCCCCAAACAUUGUUUGACAUAUUCCAUCGUAUACGAGGCACCAUAUACCAGUCGUUAUCUUCAACAAGUUGUUGAUAUAGUCGAUGUGCCUCACAUGGUGAACACAUUACCUGUGUCUAUAGACUUUCUCAAGAAAUAUUUGAAGAAUCAACGGGCCUCUCUUAUUAACCCAAGAGCUGUGAAACAAUCCAUGAUGAAACAUUCAUUACCGAAACGAAUUUAUCUCACCAAAGGCGAAACGUACAACUUCACUGUCACCUUGACAUUAGACGACAGCAAACCAAAUUAUGGAAACGUGUUUUGGUCUAUUAUGGAUCAUAUGAUAUUGUCGCAUAAGGUCUCUGACUUAUCCUCCCUCAACGUCACAGCUAUAAGAGCCGUUUUUAGACACAAAAGAACUGUAAAGUACCAGUUCAGUUUGAAGGACAGUGGUCUUUUCCCGGGAAAAACAGCGCCAGGAAUCGCCCUUCGUCCAGUUCACUUUCAAGUACAGCCUUGGUUAACCGACGGGACUUGUGUGAAGGAAAACACAGGGAAAGGAGUUUUACAGGGUACCGAGUCGAUGACGGUGUUAUUGGGUUGUCCUCCCAGCAUGAAAGUCGUUUUCGAUCCGGAGGCUACCGUUAAGGCCUCGGGAAAGAAUCAAUUUUGCAAUGAAAAAAAUGGAAUCGCGUGCUUUCUCUUCGACCUCACAUUUUAUCCAGUGUUUAAUAUUGUGGACGGAACAACUGGUAAUACGUCUGUCUUUACUGGAAAAUAUCAACUUCGUAUAGUUGGCGGAGGCAAAAAAAUAAACUCUAUCAGAGAGUACGACGAUGGUGAGAUUGCUCGUUAUAACUUUCAUGAUUUUGCUGAUUCAACGUCAAGUCUUAUCUGGACUCCUAAGGAGAAGAAUUUGGCUUCUUUGCCAUCAUUCAACAUGUCCAACAAUGGAUUUCAAUGGCUGUGUGGGAGAACGAGUCCAUGUUCACAAAUAUCCCCAGUGUUCCCAAAUUCACCGGAGUUCUUCUUCAAAAUAGAAUUUUCAAACAGGCAUGCUAAUGAUGAAAGUCUAAAUUGUGACUUGACGGCGCAAUUCAUUAUUCGUAUUCAUGGUUUGCCCUUGGGCUCGUUGUACCCUGCUACAGUCAUUGUUGCUACUUGCAUGGCUAUCAUCACAGCUUAUGUAUUGGCAAUGUUCUCGUUGACAAGAGAUAACCACAAGCAAUGGAAUAUGAUACGUGACUUUUUCCAAAUGAAGAAGAACUCAGCGUUGAUUUGGAUACGCCGAAGGUUUAAUGUUGUAAAAAUAAGACCAACACCGGAUCAUUUCAUUGAAGAAUGUGGUGGAAAAGAUGUCGGAUGUGGCAUUUUGAGAUUUGGUGGUAAAACACACACCGCGAGCAGCUCUGUCACUGAAUUUACUACUUAG